AUGCCACAUACAUCAUCUCUUUCAAAUCUCUCAGCAAUCGAUAAGCUCACAUUCUCUUUCAAACUUUUGCCCAAAGUUGAAGCUGAUGAUCAGAAAAAUCUUCCAUACUAUUUGUGUUUGCUGGGGACGUGCUCGAUUUUUCUGAUGACAUUUGGAUAUUAUCGAAAAUAUCAGCGGAAUCGAGACAGAGCGGUGAGUGAGCAAAGUUUUCUCAAGAGCUCUUCCAAUUUCAGAAUCUCAUUCAAACUACAGUAGAUCAAAGUUAUUUUGUCACAAUAAUCCCAUCAAUUGGUUGCUGUUUUACAGUUCUUCACGUUAUUCUAGAUCUGAUUUUCAUUCGAUUCUUCCCCGAUUACCAUGAAUAUCAAAAUGCUCCAGCCGAACUCUUACCAACUUUUUUCCACAUCAUUUUUCUGAUUGUUGAAGUCUUCUACAUUGCAGGCGUCCUGAUCUUAGUUGGAUGUUAUUUUUUGUUUUCCAACAUGCUUGAUGUGUUGAUUGUUUUGUUAGCAAUUCAACGAGCUGUUAUAAUAUUUCUAUCAAAGAAAUGGCAUUUUCUAGUAGGCCGUAGAGCGUUUCAAAUAAGUACUACAAUCCUUUGGGGAGCUUUUAUAGUGCAACGAUUUUUUGUGAUUUCAAAAUUCUUGGAAAUCUUCGAAGUUUCAGAAAACCCUUCUGAAAUAUUGAAAUAUUAUAGCCUCUCAAUCUAUUCAUCAGUUCUAGCCUCAUUUUUGUGCACAAUAAUAUACGUUUCAUUAUUCUUCCAUCUCUUCAAAAUGCGCAAUAGUGCAAAAUUUUGGAGUGUUCCUGAAAUUGCAUUUCUCUACGAAGGUGUUCCGGUGUUGAUUAGUCGAUUUAUCGUAUCGUUUUCUACGCUUACACGAUUUUCGCAAGAUUUUUCAUCGUAUGCUGGAGAUAUUUAUAAUUUUGAGAUGCGAUAUCGGAUCAUUUCUCUGGCUUUGGUUCAAUUCACAUAUUUAUUUGAUGUUCAGACGAUUCGAAGAUGGUUUUUUACGAAACGGGAGAGGCGAUUGAAUCCAAUUGAAUUGAACUCAACUAUUUGA